UUAUAUUGUGCAAAUCCGUAUGAUCCUAUAGCAUGGUAGAGGGAGAAUUCCUUUCUAAUUCUUGAGAGUCAGCAGCAGAAUGACUGAGAUACAAUAGAGAGCAGGAUCUGCCCUGGAAAUCUACCACAAAUUCUCUACACAUGAUCAUGUAAAGCUGUGGUCUGUCACUUCAUCCUCAGCUGCCUCCUCCCCAGGGCUAGGCUUCUCCCAGAUCCACCCUUUACCAAGCAGGAACCGUGUUUGUUCUCAGAAGAAAACAUCUACAGCACAGAGCAGACCGCAAUGUUGGGAAAACGUGCUCUUGUAGUCCUGGCUCAUCCAGAAAAGACGUCCUUUAAUUAUGCAAUGAAGGAGGCGGCUGUGGAGGCUCUCAAGAAGAAUGGAUGGGAGGUCACAGUGUCUGAUCUGUACGCCAUGAAGUUUAAUCCCCUUGUGUCUAGAGAUGAUAUUACAGGAGAUGCAAAGGACCCUGAAAAUUUCAAAUAUGGUCCAGAGUCAAUGAAUGCCUGGAAGGAGGGGAGGCUCAGCAAAGACAUAGUAACGGAGCAGAAGAAGCUGGAAUCUGCAGAUCUUGUGAUAUUUCAGUUCCCAAUGUUCUGGUUUGGACUCCCCGCCAUGCUCAAGGGCUGGUUUGAUAGAGUUUUAACCCAGGGAUUUGCAUAUACUUUCUCAUCCAUGUUUGAUAAUGGACCAUUCAAGAAUAAAAAGGCAGUUCUGUCCUUCACCACUGGGGGGCUGCAAUCCAUGUACAGCCCAGUUGGGAUCAAUGGAGAUAUUAAUGUCCUCCUGUGGCCAAUUCAGAGAGGAAUCUUGAAUUUCUGUGGCUUCCAAUUGCUUGAGCCACAAAUCAGUUACAGCAUUACCCACACUCCUCCUGAGAAACGCAACCUAAUCUUGGAGGCAUGGCAGGCUCGUCUGGAGAAGAUCAUGGAAGAAAAUACCAUCAAAUUUGCAGCUAAUGAGGAUUUUGACCUAUCCUUUGCAGGGGGGUUUGUACUGAAAAAGGAGGUGUUAGAGAAUAAUUCCAAUAACAAAUACGGGUUGACAGUGGGUCAGCAUGAGGGUAAGGCCUUACCUCCUGAUAAUCAAGUGAAAGCUGACUGCACCAGUCUUUGAGCAUUGCUUGCCACUCCAUUGUAUCAAAUAAAACCGCAUAUUUUAUAGUACUUUGUUUUCACUUUCUUUACUUUAUAUACAGAUGUGGACAAAAUUGUUGGUACCCCUCUGUUAGAGACAGAAAGUCCCACAAUGCUCCGUGAAAUAACUUUAAAAAAGUUAAUAAUGAAUAAAAAUGUUACUGAA